AUUCUAAACUUGCGUCAAAGCUUCUAAAAGCCCUGCCAACGAUUGAUGUCGGGGAGAACGUUCUGAUUUAAAAGAAAAACGUUUUGCAGAGGUUAAAACAACUUGAAGAAGGAAAUGUUUUGUUUCUUCUUUUGUCUCGUGGCGCUUGGGAUUUGUGCCGUGUCGUCUGCAGAUCAGAAUGAACAAUGUAAGUCAAAUAUUUUGUUUGAAAAACGUACUAGCGAGAAUUGAAGAUUACACACUGAAAUAUCAGAAACUGAUUCUCUAAAGGAGAUAGUGUUUUCACCGGCCCCUUUUUGAUGAAUAAGAAAUUGUAAAGCUGUAAACAAAUUUAAGGUUUCAAAACCAAGAUUAUAUCAGCAAUAUUUGAGUGAUAAAAAACUGUUUUCACUUACAUUUUGACUUCUACGUCUUUUAAGAGCGGAUGUCAGUAAAUAUCGACCAGAGGUAUACAAAAGUGAAAAAUCAAAAAUUCUCAAAAAAAUUCACAAAGUAGCACUAGGUAAGCUAUUAACAUAAAUGUAAUUUUUACUUCGAUCCGAUAAUUAUUUUCCACGUACGGGGGGGUUAUUGGUUUCGCGGCUCUCGGACCGGGUUUUCCAGGCCCGAGACCAUGUGUCGCAAAAAAAUCGUUUUAAAAUUCAAAUCCAUUGUAAUGUGGACAACAAAUAACUUAUUCAGAAGAGUACUUAAUUGCACACAUUCUAAGUGGUGAUUUACUCAGUUUGAACGAAAGUCUAAUAUUUUGGAGAUUUUUCAUUAUUUUCAAUAUUUUGAACGUUUUCGUUCAAUGAAAAAAUGGCAAAUUUCAAAGCCCAAAAUCGUCGACUGGUACCUCGAUUUCAGUAACGAGUCUUAUACCACGUUAAAGAGCGUUAUCUCUUCUUUCAAAAUCUGUUUUCAAAACUACGGGCAACUUAAAAGAAAAUGUUUGAGGCCCAAAAAUACAAGUAGUACUUUUCUGAAAUUUGAGCUUUCCAGACUCAGCGGGUCGAUGCUAAAAACUCAGAAAAAUGCAAUAAGAAAUCAGUUUAAGCAACAGUGAUUUAACUUUAUCAGCUAUCAGAAACCACCACGUGUUUAUCGAGUGAUCUGAUAAAAUUUAAAGCCGUUUUCCAACAAGAAAAGCAGAGUUUAGCCAUCUUCUGCUACCAAACGCACGAGUGACGUAAGGUUGUCAAAGGGCAAAGCACAAUAAUAAACUUCAAAAAGCACAACGUUUCUGCGUCCAGGAAUUAGACUUUAGCGGACAGAACAAUGCCUACGAGUGUAUGUUUCAUACCUUAGCAUGGGUUUCCUAGAUACUGGAAAUAAAAAACAUCAAGGACAGCAUCGGCAAGAGCAUCUUCGGCUGCUCUCAAACGACGGAGAUUGCGUUACUUUUCACAGAUUGACCGCUUACCACCUGUUUUUGGGCUCGCAUUUCGACGGAACGCUUGCCUCGAGAGGCGCGCGGCAUGGAUCUGGAUCUGAACUGUUCUUCACGAGACAUUGAGCUGAAUUUAUUGGAAAUAUGCCACCACCACCACCAACAACAUGAGCGUUUUUCGGGUAUUUGUCGUUUUUUAUGCGAAAAGUUCGGGUAAGCAGAUUCUCGCAAAAACCAUUUGGCUUAAAAAAUGUGUUUAAAAGCCCACCCUGGAUUUGAAGCAAAAAGUAUUUCCUCGAAAUAAGCUAAAAAUACCCAGUUCACGCGGUGAAAAAAUGGAUGAUUAUGGAAGGAUUAUCGAAUUCUUGCCUAACCUGAGGGAUUUCCCGUGAUGUAGGAUUAGGGCUAGGAAAAAAGCCCAUAACCUGCUCCUGUCGUUGUGAAUUUCCUCAAGAUCAAAAAUUUCAGUAAGAACCGAAAACAACAGCUUAAAGGAGGUGCACACACCUUGAACUAGCCAGGGAAAAGGGGCUUCUGAUUGAGCUAAACUGUCAUUGAUGCACGGUGCAAUUAGGUAGACCUGUUACAAUCCCCCGCGCAACCACAUGGGGAGUACUUUGAGGCGGUCCUGUCGGGGACUUUCGGGGGUAGAGGACGGGGCAAAUCGAAAAUAACCUCUCUUUGUUUUUGUGAAGUACAUCAUUUCUCGCACGGUUGACAAGGUGACGGCGGACUCCGUACCUUUGGAAAGGCCCUUUUGAAACAUGUCCUGGCAACAUGCAGGGCAUCACGAAAUUAACGUCAACACCUUGAAUCAACUCCAUGAACAGGGAGAGGCGAUAAGUCCCAUCUUAAAAGAUGCUUGAUGUCUAGACGUGAAUAGUCUGUCCACAGUCAUUUUUCAUUUUGUAUUUCCGGACCAUUUGACAGCGUACGAGUGAACCGGAGUGCAGUAACGAGCCCUAACCCCACCCCAUUGCCCUUGCGGUCAAUAAAUCAUCGCGUUUUUCAUUUUUUUUAUGCGCGUUCGAAAACCUCCAAAGGGAAUAUGAAGGGUCUUUGUACAGUUUCAGUUUAUUUUACCGACAAAAAACAACAAAACAAAGCAAAAGACAACUAUACAGAAACACGCAGAAGCAAUGUGGUGAGGAAGCCCAAAAAGACACCAUAAGGCUUAAGUCGUCCCCUUUUCGUUCGCUUAGCGUCAAAUAGGUUUCCUGGUUUUGGGUGGGUCGGUCGGUGGGGUGAAAAAAAAAAAAACAAGAAAUCUGAGAACGGGAGGCCUGAAACACCAGCAUCAUUGCCGUGGAGACUGAAAACAACAAGACAUGGUCACCAAAUCGAAACAAACUCAAUAUGGCGGAAAAUUUGAUGGUCAGUUUCAUGAAAAAAAGGCCAAAAAAGGGUAAAAAGCAAAGAGGAUACACAACCGAACGUUUUAUGCCUCGAAAUGAUGUUAUAAUGCUAAUUUUUUAGAUUAAAAGAAUCAUCAAUCUAAGUCUAAAAAAAAUAAACCUUGUCGUUUCUUUUUCUUGCUUUGUUAAAAAAUGCCAAAAAACUGGGUCUUUUGGACGACACUGAACGAACAAUUAAUUAAUAUGGGAAUUAAUUAUAAGCUCCCUUAAAGUAUAGAAGUAUAAGUUUACAAGGACAGGAUCGAACGUAUACUGAGUAACUAAAUGAUAAAAACUUGAUCAAAAUUAAAUGAAAGGCUAAGAGCCUAAGCGCUGUCUGAUAACGAAACGUUAAUCAAGAAGUGCUGCCUCUCAUUUAAGGUGGCUGAACACAGUUUAGGCAGUUUGUGAAUAUGUCAUUUGUCAAAUCAUGGCAAGAAAAAGGUUGCAGCUCACAAGCUGAAACUUGACAAUUGAAAAAUAUGCUGAUGAAAGAUUUUGAUUGACAGGUAAAAUUUGACCUUUUCGCAGUUUACAUGGAAACAUGAACGACUGAAUACAACUUUAAAUUUUCACUGUUGCUCAGUUUACUUAAAAUUCGCUCAUUAGAUUUUCCUAUAAACUUACACACAGCUUAUUAUAAUUAAUCAUUACCAUUUGAAACUUGUUUGACCAAAUUUUAACAGACGGGUUUUUAGAUAAUCAAUAAUAUAAUGGUACUGUAAUUAUUAAAUGCGUCACAAAAUUCGUCCGUCAAAUUCCAUUUUAAAGUUCUUAUUAUUUAAAAUACGAUAAAAGUAAAAAUUCUGCAAAGUAUCACAAAAUUUUAAUGAGUAAAUUUUGUGAAAUCGUCUUCUGUGUACCAUUGCUUUUUCGCCGCCAUGUUUGUUUGUCUAAUUUAAAACACCCGCCGUCACGCGAGUUGCCGCUGACUGCUCGCAAAACGGUGUUCAGCCACCUUAAAAGAGACGUGAAAUACUGGUUGGACCACAUCCUGAACUCCCGCGAAAACCGCAAGAGAGGAACGCUCAGGGCUAAGGAGACUAAACAGGGCCGUAGCUACUUGUACACACGCUUUGCACGUGCGUACCCGAAAACGUUGAGGAAAAAAAAUAGAAUGAAAUAAACAUAACUAAAAAAAUCGGUUUCCAGAGAAGCGACGACAUUAAUUGGAGAACCGAAUCUUGGAUGAUUUAUUUAUAUAGCAAGCUUGAUGAUGUCAAGCGUGAACGCGUUGUUUUCUCCACGACCUGUCUUCGGAGUAGACGAAGUAGGGCACCAUUAUGUCAAUGUGUGGUGCUUUUGUCGGUCAAAAAUAAUGUGACAAAAAGGGGUAAAAGGAGUCAUUUGUAAACUAAAGUCGGAGGUACUACAAGCUCGAUUUUUAAUAGCUGAAUUAGUGAUAAACGGUUGACGUCAAUGAACAUAACAAGCCAACAGAAUUAAAGAAUUUUAGAGGUUGGGUCAUUUAAUAAACAGCAAAAAUGCUUUUGCUUACAACCGUUAACCUCACCUUUAAUAAAGGCACCUUAGAAAAAUGUUGAGAUUUGGGGUGGGGGCGGGGGGAGGGGGGGAAGAAGAUGUAGAAAAAGUUGGGCGUACCUCCGGAAAAAUCCUGACUACGCACCUGCUAAAGCCUGAAACUGAACAACAGGAGUCUUGACGAAACGUCCUCAGUUAUCACCUGUCCGGGGUCGUACUUUCAAGGAAACGCUGAUCAAGAAUCACUCAUGACGGAAUGAAAACUCCUCGUAGCUUCGAAAAGAGGAGUGACAACAGUGGUAAGGGGUCGUUCUGUGAAAUGUAACGCAAUCUUUGCCGUUUACGAUCUUUCGGCGCUUGGAUUUGAAACGUUGUUGUUUAGUAUCUUCUCCCGUGUGGAUACUUGACAUUUCCAAUAUAUGGAAACACCAUGCUAAGGUACGAACAACGGACAUUCACAACAUUGUUUUGUACGCUAAAAUCUGAUUUCAUGGACGUAAAACGUUUUGAAUUUAAAGACUUUUUAAUAUUAGUGCUUUGCCCUCCCUUUGACAACUUCACGUGACUGGUGCACUUGGCAGGAGUUGACAGCUUAAAUCUGCCUUUCUUGAUAGCAAACGGCAUUAAUUUAUAUCAGAUCGCUGUAUAAACACGUCUUGGUUUCUGAAAGCUGAUAACAUGAAACCACUAUUGCUCAAACUGAUUUCUUACUGUAUUUUUUCAAGUUUUUAGCGUCGGCCCGCCGCGUCUGGAAAGCUCAAAUUUGAGAAAACUACUACUUCUAUUUUUAGGCCUCAAAAAUUUUCUUUUAAGUUGCCCGUAGUUUUGAAAACAGAUUUUGAAAGAAGAGAUAACGCUCUUUAACGUGGUAUAAGACUCGUUACUGAAAUCGAGGUACCAGUCGACGAUUUUGGGCUUUGAAAUUUGCCAUUUUUUCAUUGAACGAAAACGUUCAAAAUAUUGAAAAUAAUGAAAAAUCUCCAAAAUAUUAGACUUUCGUUCAAACUGAGUAAAUCACCACUUAGAAUGUGUGCAAUUAAGUACUCUUCUGAAUAAGUUAUUUGUUGUCCACAUUACAAUGGAUUUGAAUUUUAAAACGAUUUUUUUGUGACACACGGUCCCGGGCCUGGAAAACCCGGUCCGAGAGCCGCGAAACCAAUAACCCCCCCGUACGUGGAAAAUAAUUAUCGGAUCGAAGUAAAAAUUACAUUUAUGUUAAUAGCUUACCUAGUGCUACUUUGUGAAUUUUUUUGGGAAUUUUUGAUUUUUCACUUUUGUAUACCUCUGGUCGAUAUUUACUGACAUCCGCUCUUAAACUGGAGCAGCAGUUGACAGUUAUAUAGAAGAAAAUAUAAAAGUGAAAUGCUCCUUACACUCAAGAUUUAAAACUUUUUUUAAUAGUGUUACUAUAUUUCCUCCCAUCUUAAUAGAAAACAAAAAGAAAUAGCAAGAAACAAAAAAGAAACAUAAAAGAUGAAAAGGAGACAUUGAAUUUAAUACUUCUUGCCAAUCGAGAGAGUACAAGAUAUUGUUAAUUUGAGAGAUGAUUAUGUAGACUGCCAUUUGAUACUGGUUUCAAAGGACUGGAAUAUCACCCAACUUUAAAAAGCGCAAAUCUCCUUUAUCUCAAUUAAUCCUCUAUCGGCUGUAACUCUAGCCUUAUUGCCAUACUCAAGGAGAAAAAUAAGCCCAACCGAAAUUCUCGAAAAUUUCGGUCAAAAACGGAAUGCCGCGGAAAGAACUAACUGAAAACUUUGGCAGAAAAAGAUCUCCCGUUAAAAUUAAAGGGCAGUGCUGAAAACAAAAAGAAAUAGCGAGAUGUUUUUGGAGUCUUUUCUGUCAAGAGUCUUGACAUAAAAGCUAACGGCCGACCAUUGACCAUUCCCCUCUUCAUUUCCAAAAUUUGAGUCAUCAGCGAAAUUUCAGCCCGAUACGUAAGAGAUAACAGUUGUUAGCUGCUAGGGGUGUGAUUAAGUGCAUCGCUGGAAGGAGGGUGAAACGGAAUUGGGCCCGUACAGUCUGACUGACUCAACAUCCUCGAUGUAGAUAGAAUUUUGUACAUUAUGCUUUUAUUUCCCCCGUUAAAUUGCUGCACCUUCACGUUCAGUUUUUUUUCUACUAAAAUGCCCCGGGUCUCCCUUCAACAGGCAAUUCAAUUAACUUCAAAACAUAUAGUGGUAUACACUGUAAUAGCAACGUGCACAGGUUAAUGGUUUUUAUACAGUAAAAGAUAAUUCUCUAAAAGGCUAUAUUGGGGUGAUUUUAUUCAAUUUGUAAUUUCUACUUAAGCUAGUGUCCUUUUUCUCUACUGUAUCGUUUUUCUAAUUCUUAUUUUAUCUGAAAAAAUCCGUUUUUAUGUACUUUACUUCAAUUACUUCAAUGCUCGAAAAUGAAACAAUGUGCUUAAGCUCUUGGGGACUUAUUUUAACAUGGCGCGCAAGAUUUCAUCCAAAGAGUUGAAUUAAUAUUUCCGAAAGGUUCGUCACAGCCAAGCGUAAAAAAUUGCUUUUUGGCGCGCAAUUAUUGAUGGUCACAUUUGAGAAUCCGACGCUCAGACGUAUUACAUGCAGUUAUACCACACCUACUAAACGAUAUAACACAACUGGAGUACCGUUUACCCUUUGGAGUACCCAUUCAUAACUCUUUUAGGUACAUGAAAUAGCUUAACAUUUAUUCUACAAACACGGGGAGCUGUUCUGGACAGGACUGAUUGCAAUGUGGUACAGGUUAAAGACAGUGGUGGUUCCGGGGGAGGGGCCCGAGGGGCCCGCCCCUCCCCUUAUUUUUAGACAAAACUGAGGCCGUAAGGGUCGAAAAAAAAUUUUUUGGAGACUGCCCCCUCUCUCUUUUCUCAGGUUCUGGAUGACUGCCCCAAAACUUCCCCUUCCCCCCCCCGCCCCUUAUCCGAAGGUCUGGAUCCGCCAAUGAAACAAUGUUAGUGGUACAAGACUGAUGUAAACACCGUAUAUAUAUCACUGAUAUAAACUGAUAUUAAAGCCUUCAUAAGCCAAUGAAUGUAACCGAGUUCAUGUCAAUGUCAAAAGCUUAAUCAAUAAAGACAAAUGCAUUCACCUCGGUUGCCGUGGUAGCAUUUAAAAUUACAAUAGUCUGCAUGAAAUCAUCGGUAAUAAUAGUGAAUCAAAAAGAUUAAUUACACAUUAAAGGAUCAGGAUUAGGUGGCAGCGAAAUAAGCUGGGUAUAAAGUUAGUUUAAAGUAUUCCAGUCAACAGUUAGCCCUCUAGCUUCCUAUCCCCUGUUUCUUUUCAUAACAAAGCCCUCUUACUUGGACUUGCAUCCUCACGUAUGCGAAUAUUUACGAAAACAAUUUUUCUCCGUUUUAGCUGGCUUUACGUCCACAGGUACUUAACGGCGUUUUGGCUCCAAAAAACACAAGUUUUCGAAAACGGUUCCCAGUCUAGAGAGCUGUAAAAACGCUCUUUCUAGGUCCGACAUUCUCACGUUUCCAAGUAUUUAAAUUGCAAACAGACAUUCUUCUCCGUUUUAGCUUUCCGUCCACAGGCACAUAACGGCGUUUGGACUCCAUAACACACAAUUUUUCGCAACCGGUCCCUAAGCUAGAGAGUUUUAAAAGCGCGAGCUUGUCGUUCACAAUUCAGGGGCACCCAACGAGAAUAUAGUUCAGAACCACUUAAACAUAGCAUUGUUAAACGUGUUUUAGUAUUUAAACGGUGGAUACGGGCAUACUUUUAUCCCCUAUAAAUUUUUCAUCUGUUCGGAUUUCGUAGCUGAAAGUCUAGUGAUCCGAAAAUUAUAGGGAUCAAAAGUUACCUGUUCGAAAAUUUCAGCCAGAAAAAAGGCUCCUGAAAAUUCUAGGUGACCUUUUUUAGGGUAAAAAUCCGUUGAAAAUGGGCAAUUUUACCAUUUUUUUGAUGUUCGAAAAUCCUAGGAGAGGCAGGCAAGCAAGAAAUUUUACAACAAAUGUUCCGAAAAUUCUAGAUCUCAAAUCGUCUUCCGAACAGAUAUUUUCCCGAAAAUUGUCGUUGGGUGCCCCUGACAAUUGGGCAGCGAAUACAAGGUUUUCGAAUCCGACGAUGUCAAACAGUCAUACGAUAAACAUUGCGCAUGCUAUUUUAUAGACUAUGCGAUAUUACCAUCGUUUUUUACCAUGUACAAAAUAUCAAAUUAUCAAAUACAGCUGCAUGACUCGCAAAAAUAUUCCACGAUGCUACACACUAAACUCGUUCAAUAAUAUAUAUAUUUUUAGAUGAUCAAGGUUGUCUGGUAUCAACGUGAGAUCUCACUUGGCAUAUUUAUUACUAUUUAGUUUCGUAUCACACGGCAUGUGCGGCACUCCUCAGGUAAAAUUGUCAAAAAAAGUUCAUUACAACAUACGCUACAACAUUCGCUACCACUGCAAACGAGCGCGCAGAAUUUGAAUCAAAAAACUAUUGCGUGACAUAUUUUCAGAUGUAUUUGUAGGACGUCUAUUUAUACUGAUUUAACACUUUAAACCCUAAGAGUGAUCAGCAUCAAAUUUCUCCUUGUAAUAUUUAUGCUUCGUAAAAUAGAGUGGUCGUGAGAAUUACGGACAUGAUCACACAAGAUGAAUUUGCUUGAUGAUUUAUCACCUUCUCCCCACUACUCCUGUAGGAAAUGAAUAGGGGCAACAAAUGAGAACUCAAAAUUUGAUCUUAGGAUUUAAAGGGUUAAAGGCAUCUUACUAUCUUAAGUAUUGUUUUUCCUUUUAGUAUUCUGCGGUGAUGUUUUGAGUGCUGAAUGUGGGAUCUGUGAAACAUGGAAAAGAGAGGGUAAAUGCAAAACACGCUGUGCAGAAACUUUAUGUCUGGCGACCUGUGAACACUGCAAACAAGGUGAGUUUACAAAUUACGAAUAGCUCUAUUUUGAAUUGCCUAUUUUAUCGCUACCUGUACUAUCUGACACAGACUUGAGCGAAAUUCUGAGAGAAGAGAUGUUCGCCUUUUAGUAGACAAUUUUUUUUAAUAUCGUUUCCUAAGCCGCAAAAUAAAUUUGUCUCAUCCUCGAACAGAUAAGAUACUGAGCUUAUCAGUGGAGCUACCUUGCGAGCAGAGGCCCUUCGAUCUUCCUAGAUAAGUCGCGAAGAGGAAGAGACUGUGUCAAAAAUUAAUAUUUAAUUGUUAAUGGAAGCGAGGCCGAGCAAGGCUCGGUUACAUUUGAAUUUAGCGCAUGUUCAACAGGGAAAGUCAAGGCGGCUGGCAGAGGUCCCUUCCUCUUCCCGACUUAUCUAAGAAGAUCGAAGGGCCUCUGCUCGCAGGGUACAGUGGAGCUCGAAUUCAUUAAAUCAUACUGAAAUACAUAUUUAAAAAGCCGAGGACAAAGGAGAGAUCCGUGUAGAACUCCUCCUAAUAAUCAUUAUAAAAAAAGCAGUAAAGCAAAACUUGCAUCUGUAGAGAGUGUAAUGCUCACGCAUGUAUAACCUCGCAAGGUACUUGUAUAUAUAAAAAUGUUUAAGAAAUACUUGAUUGAUGUGUAAAGUGAUGUUUGUCACGCAAGCGUGUUUGAAAAUCGUGAAACCUUGUCGUGCAUGGAUACUAUAUCCAAUGAGCUACUGAGAGGCUCAGUUGGAGAAGCUGGUAUUUGCGCAUGCGAGGUUAAAUUUCAAAUUCAAGGAGGCCAUGCCAAGGGGCGUGUUUCACAUUUUUGGUUAAAACUGAGCUGAAAUUAUGGCUGAGUAUUAUUAGUCAUUUUUUAUCAAACUCCGAUCCAUAAGGGACGGACCAUUAGAAAAGUUAUGGUUGGGGUGGGGAAUUUUCGAGCGGCAGGAAUUUUUUUUCGUUUUCAGAUUCCAUGGAUGAAUUUUUUUUAGGCCAUGACAUGAAUAUUUUUUAGGGUUGAUUGGCGUACAUGAAUUUUUUUUCAUUUAAUUUUCCCUUGCGCGAAUAUUUUCUUUGUACUUCGCCCGCCCCCCCACCCCCCCCAUAAGUUUUCUAAUGGUCCGUCCCUAAAGGAACUAUAACAAAUUGAUAUAUUAUACGCAUAAUUGAUGAAUAAUAAGUUUUCAGUCUUUUUUUGGCUAAAAGGGACUCAAAUCCAUCUUCCUUCUGGGCUUCGACAGCUAGAAACAUUAACGCCUAUAGGUAACGUUAAAUUAGUACAGUAUUUUUAAAUAGAUUUAUAAUUAUAUACUGAAACCAUUAUUUCGAGGAUCUCUUUGGUUCCAGCGUCAAUUUUGGCUCCUUUAAAACACCUAUUAGUACGUACAGUAACCAGUUAUCACCUGGCUCCCUUUUCUUCACAGAUGAUAAGCGCACAGUUCUUGACGUGCGUUACAAAGGUUGCUACCGUGAUGGAUUUCGAAGUGACUUCGAAAAGAUGAUUCCAAUGAAACGCGAAUAUCUUGGAGUGCGAUCAUGUACGGAAGAGUGUCAUUUACAGGGUUAUCCUUAUGCGGCGGUCCAAGACGCAAGGUUUUGUAUGUGCUCGCGGCAAUUUGGAAGGUACGGAGCCGCUGAGGAUGAAAGCCAAUGCAUGACGCAGUGUAUCGCUGGAUCCGAAAACGAGCGAUGCGGUGGGCCUUGGAAGAAUGCUGUGUACGAAAUAGGUGAGUUAAUAGGCCAUCUUCACGAUGACGCCAUUUGACUAAAACUAUCAGAAUUCAUUUCGUUUUUCAUUUCUUAAUUUCAUUGGUCAGUGCCCCCACUAAACUUAAUAAACCCAACACUAUUUACCCAAGAAAAAAGAAACAAACUGAGGGUUUCAACUUUGAGGUGAAACUUCCCAAUGUCAAGUUUUUCAUGGAAGACAAACACAAGACGAUGCUAUUGAUGACAGUGGUGUGGUAGUGGUGGUAAGCUUGAAGCCUGACCGCAGGAGUGGUAUUCCAUGGCUCAGGCCGAUUUAAUUUAUUGCAAUUUACCUUUGAUUCAAGUUUAUGUUGUGAAGAAAUUGAUGGAUCGUUUCUCUCAAAAAAUUGAAACAAAAUCCCGAAAUUCCGAUGGUGAUGUGUGAUAGCUAGCAACCACGAUAUGCAUGAUGUGCAAAUCAGUAAACUAUUUAUCAAGCUCCAAAAUAUCUUAAUAUUAAAAGCAUUUUAUUCGGAACAAGCAAAGCCAAAUGUUAAAUGAAAUUCAUCCAAAGAUUAAAAAUAAUUGAGGACACACCUGUCCUUUACACGACCAUGCAAUUUCGCAACUGAUUCGACACAUUGCCAAAACUAUGAUAUUGUUUUUUGUUACCUUUCCGCUUUUCUCUCCGACAGCUUCGCGAGAACUGCAGAGCGGUGGCGUGAGGCUGAAUGACCUGUCGGAAAAGCUUCUCCGCGCCUUAGAAAAGAAAGACCAACCACAACCACAGGCCCAGUUCACUGGCGUAUUAUCAGAUCAACUUGACCGGCUGAGAAAGAGAAAUCGAGAUUACAACCCCUACUAGCUAGGGGGGAGUAUAUUGUAGUUGACAGAAUAUCUUGUUUUUGUCUUUUUUGAGAAUAAAUGGACAGUUUAAUUUUAAUUGUGAUGGGAAGGGUGCAGGGGGUUAAAUGUUAUGAGUAAUAGGAUAUUUUUCGUUUUGAAAACUUGAGGGAUUCGCAUUCUCCGCCAACUUUCUUUUAUAAUUGUUUUUGAAGUACAUUACGGUAUUUUUCUUGAACGCACUUUGAAAGCUGUUUUGUCGUGGAAAUUAUUCAAAAUUGUCUACUCAUGAUUGAUAUUUUUCUUGGAAAAGAACGGAAUGAUUAGCAUCGUUGAGAUAAAGAAAGAAACAACAACAAAAUGCAAAUCAAAUUAACUUUUUU